UCACUCCUUCUCAGCUCAUACAAACUACCAAAUACAAAGCAAGAAAGAGUUGUUUUUAGAGAGCAAAAAAACAUGGCUUCCAAGUGGUGCAUUGUGUUGGUUAUUGCCCUAGCUGUGGCUCACCAUGCCACAGCUAGAACUGUCCCAGCGCCGAAAGACGCUGGACUUAAAGACCAAAAGAACUUCCUCACCUAUGGUGGCGUCGGAGGAUACUCCGGCGUUGGAAACAACGGUCUUCCAUUCGGUGGAGUCGGUGGCGCCGUUGGCGGAGGCGGUGGUGGCAUAAAUGGCGGCAUUGGUGGAGGCAUUGGAAUUGGUGGGGGUGGCGGACUUGGUGGCUUCGGUGGACUAGGUGGCGGUGGCGGUCUUGGUGGUGGAGCUGGCACCGGUGUUCUUCCUGGUGGAGUUGUUCCUUUCCCAUGAAGAAGUUUAAAAAAAAUAUGAAGUGAUGAGUAGUGUUUCUUUGUUGUUGGCUUAGUUAAGUAGAUCCUCUCUAGUAAUAUAUAUUUUGUAAGUGUUAGUUUUGAAGUGAUGUGAGAAUUUCUCUUUCUCUUUUUGGGUAAAGAUUAUGUAAGUGUUGUUUUAUAUAUUUUUCUAGUAUCAUAUAUGUGUUUAUUUAUGUUUUUCCUAUAAAAAAAAUAUUGGAGAAAAUAAAACAACAUAUAUAUCUCUCUUCGUUA